AUGACCGAUAGAAAAAAAUUCACGGCUGCUCUCUUAUCUGCUUGUCUUCUGAGCCUUGUCGAGCUUAUAAUAGAUGAGAGCGCGAAGGGUUGGCGGUCGCUCACUCGUAAGAUACGAGCAUUUAUCUUAUUCCAUGCUGGUAUCACCGAAACACAACCGCAUUUAAGAAGUUCUGUCUACUGGUUCGCACGAAUCAGUAAUGCGACCAGGGCUAUCUGCUUUAGUGAAAAUUUACCAUUGCCACUCUCUUCCAUGACCUGCGUAAAAUUAGAGACGCUGCGCUACCCUACUUCUCAAAUCUCUAUUUCAGCCAGAGUAGAGGAGAAUAUAGAAUUGCUGGCGAUAUACCUUGAGUCCUGGGCUAGAGUGCAGAGCUGGUCGAUAUACUGGGUCAAGAAAAGUGAGGAGCUUUAUUCUAAAGAUAAUUGUAGCAAGACGCAUAUCAGCAGCUGCCCAGCAUUGGGGAAAACAUACGGGAAGCUGCCAUCUGAGCAUAUUACACUUGGUAUUGAGAUCAUCUGUUCUGCGUCCAGAUUGCAGCGGGCUAUUAUCACCACCAUCCUUUCAUAUGUCGAUACUCCGGUAUCUGGUAUUCAGCCUGCAAUACUAUCUUUACUGCCAUAUUACCAAUGGUCGCUUGCGGGGCUUUCGAGGCAAUUCGACCAUCCCGCCUGGUCCUCUCUCGGCUGCAGUCUUCCUAUAAUGCAUAACGAUCUUAUUCAUCAACAAGCAUUACAGGCAUUUGAAUUUGCGGAAGAAAGCCUACGUAGUACAGACUUUGAAGCACUUCUCUAUAUCCCUAUUAUGAACGUCGUGGGCUUUGAAAUGCAAACAGAACAAGAAAGAACCCGGGUGCUUGAAUUCGUGGCGACGCUGAAGACUAAAGGGUUUGCUGUAGCAGGGAAGGUUGAACGAGACCUGAAAACAGCGUGGGUAGGGAAGAUGCAAUAG